GCGAGGCCCAGAACUAGGGGCUCUCCCAGGAGGGAGCGGGGCGGGUGGAGUGUGAGCUGGAGGGGAACGCAGCCGCGCAACGAGCAGCCGCCCUGGCUAUAAAUCCAGGGGGGCGAAGCCAAACGGAUCCAAGCCUUAGGACAGUCCUGCGCGCAGCCACCCAAGGGACUGAGGCUGCCGCCGCCGCCUUCUCGCAGCAGCAGUAGUAGCUGCAACACACCCAGGAAGGUGAGACGCGCGUGGCUUCCCCAGGGUGGAGGUUCGUGGAUGCCGACCUGUCCAGCCCGGCCGAGAGAAAGAGGAGACACCGGGAGAGAAGAGAGGGAGAAAUCCGCAGUUGCACAGCCGCUUCCAGCGCAUCCUGCCAAGCCUUGCAAGUUUCUCCUCUCGCCUUAUGAGCCUGGAAUUAAUUUUCCAAAUAGCCUCCACCUGAACUUAUCAAGAUGCUCCUAAAUAUGUCGACAGAAGAGACUGUGAAAAGAAUUCACGUGGACUGCCCCUCACUGGGAAGGCACAACUACAUGCUAAUUGUUGUUCCAACUGUUUACACCAUCAUCUUCAUCAUAGGUAUAUUCGGAAACAGUUUGGUGGUGAUUGUUAUUUACUUCUUCAUGAAGCUGAAAACUGUGGCAAGUGUCUUUCUGUUCAAUUUAGCACUGGCUGAUUUGUGUUUCCUCGUGACUUUGCCAUUGUGGGCGGCCAAUGCCGCCAUGCAAUACCGCUGGCCUUUUGGCAGUGGCUUGUGCAAGUUAGCUUCGGCUGCAGCAACCUUCAACCUGUAUGCCAGCGUGUUUCUCCUGACGUGCCUCAGCAUUGACCGUUACUUGGCAAUCGUGCACCCAAUGAAGUCCCGGCUUCAGCGCACAAUGCUUGUUGCCCGGGUAACUUGCAUCAUCAUCUGGCUGAUGGCGGCCCUUGCCAGCUUGCCUGUGAUUAUCCACCGUACCGUAUACUUAAUCGAAAAUGAAAAUAUAACGGUAUGUGCUUUUCGGUAUCAGACCCCCUCCAACACAACCAACGGCACGACACUCAAAGUUGGAUUGGGCUUAUCAAAAAACAUGCUGGGGUUUUUGAUCCCCUUUGUGAUCAUUUUAACAAGCUAUAUAUUAAUCUGGAAAGCCCUGAAGAAAGCAUACCAGAUUCAGAAAAACAAGACCAGAAACGAUGAUAUUUUCAAGAUGAUUGUUGCAAUUGUCCUUUUCUUCUUUUUUUCUUGGGUUCCUCAUCAAAUAUUCACUUUUCUGGAUGUGCUGAUUCAACUCAGUGUGAUCACCGAUUGUAAUAUCAUCGACAUUGUGGAUACAGCCAUGCCUUUCACGAUCUGCUUAGCGUAUUUUAACAACUGCCUCAACCCCCUCUUUUAUGGCUUUUUUGGAAAGAACUUCAGGAAAUAUUUCCUCCAGCUUCUGAAAUACAGCCCCCACAAUGUCAGACACGCUAGUUUCACGACAAAGAUGUCCUCUCUUUCCUAUCGGCCUUCGGAAAACCUAAUCCUAACGGCCCCCAAAAAUGGGUUCUUGGACACUGAGUGACGACUUGACAGCGCACGUUUUCCAAAACCUAGUUGGCCAGCACAGUGAUGUUCACCCAGAGUCCCAACCACCACAGCUUUAAGUGUUUAACCACCUGAGACACAUUGUCCUAUUAAAACUGAGCAGUGGCCUCUCGUUUCGUCUUGUGAAGAGGAUUGUUGGUUGUUUACAGCAAAUGUUAAUGAAAGUAAGUAAGCUGAGGUAUUCACCAUCAGCCUGCCUUUCUAAAGCUUGGGGGACAAUAGCAUGUGGAAGAGCUCUUGAAAUGUGCUAGGAAGUGUGGUCCAAUUCAUUCUAUCAAGGCUCUGAGAUUUGCUUUGAACAUGCACAAGCAACUCUGACAUUGCCUUUUGGGGCCUAUUACACAGGAGACAUAAGAAAGGCCUGUUUUCAGACUGAUGGAAGCAAAGUAAAAGUCACGAGGUUUUUCAAGAAUGUGAAUUUAUAUGUCAUAUGUACUACUUGAUUGUAAUCAAAAUCUACCUAUACUACAUUUACAUAUAUACACCAUAAAGUCCAUUCUAGUGUCAGUAAGAAACUUGGGCGAGCAUACAUUUGGAGGUCAUUUUCAAAUAAGGCAGGAGUGUACAUCUGAAGUAGAAUGAAACCACAUAUGUGUAAAAUGUUUCAGUUUUCAAAUUACGCUUGUUACCUAUUCGACUAAAUGCAACACAUAAUAUUGUGUUCUAAAUUUCAUUGGAAAAUGCUUCAUUCUGUAGAUAUAUGUUCAACACUUGACUUCUGUGGAACUAUAUCUAUUUGUUGUUUAUAUAAGACAAACGUUCCUUCCAAUAAUAUGAGCCCUAAAGAGUUCUGAGAGUAGAGGCCAUAUGUGUAGAAGAAUUGGGUGGGGAAGUGAUUUGUGAUUGGUGUCAAAGCUCACCAAAUUUACCCAAUCCAAUGUGGACCAUCUUGCACAUCAUCCUGAGUGGUGACGCUUUACUCCAUGUAGCAUCCUUUUGUAUCUGUGGGACUGAUCCAUUAAGGAAAUUUAUAUGUGUAAACUUGCUCCAAUGUUUUGGGAACAGGAUCUCCUCCCUGGGCAAUUCCUGGUUGACUUUUUGUCAAGUGUGUCAACCAGGAAGUUCUGCUGAUUUAGACUGAGGACAAAUCAGUGAGUAUGCAUAAACAGUUUGUUCACAUCACAUGUGAAUUUGGGUCCUCAUAAACUCAGGCAAUAGGAACAUUUUGGGCAUGCCUGCACUGUCUAGAUUUCAGUUGAUUGGUCAAAAUAUAUCCUAUAAGUAGAAUGCACAGACCCCUGUAGUGGAUCCUAUGCUUAAUUUGUACUUAGGUGCAUUCUUAAUUUAUUUUUUAUUUUUUGCAAAUGUUGGUCCACCCCCAAACUGGUAUUAUCCUCACCACAAUUAAACCAAAGUUUUGCUGAUGUCAUUGGCACACCUCUUCUCCAUCACUGCAGAUAUACAUAAUUUUAAAAAAUCUGAUUUGGCCUUCAUAUACAGCUUUGACUGAUUGAGAUUUCACCAUCACUAUUUCCUUUCUCUGGUUUUUGCACAUGCUGAUCUAUUUUUACAACAACAACAACAACGGAGAGCGGGGGGGAGCUCCCCCCCAAAUCUUCCAUACACUUUUUAGACUCGUGUACAUUUGUUGUGUUAUAGGACAGCCAACUGCCUGAAAUGUGUCAUUAUGCUCAUGAAACAUACAACGUGGGCACUGCAAGGAGUUAGGAGAUGUGCCUGGGUUUGAUGCAUCCUUAAGCAGUAUAGCAGAUUGCACUAUGACUUCAGCAGAUUCCCCCCCCCCCAUGCAACUGAUUUGGUGUUCAUGGAAAGAAAGAAAUGUGGUUUGCUAGGUUCAAUGUCUACUGAAAUCAGAUGGAUUUAUUUUACUGAUUGCAAACUAUACACAUCUACUUUAUAUCCCAUCAGCAGCUGUUACAAGUCUUCAAUGCUCCUUAUUGCUGUAUAUGUGCGCAUAUACUUUGCAUUGUUUUAAGUAUGUAAAACAGACAUAUUGUGUGCAAUCCAAAGAAAAUAAUGCAUAUGUCCCAUUAUCAGUCUUACUUU